AUGGCGCUCGACCCCGCGUUGAAUAUCGAAGUAUGGACAGAAUAUGCGAUUAGCAUCUGCUUCUUCUUUCUGCGCUUCUUCACGAGAUUCAAGCUGCUCGGCUUCCGCAACCUCGAUGGUACGUUCGGCCUCGAUCCCCGAAAGCGAGCUCCAUGCUAACAUGGAAACCAGCCGGCGAUGCAUUUGCUCUCAUGGCCAUGGUACGUCUGCGUCUGUAUAGAACACUCUGUCAACGCGAUGCUGACACGGCGCUCGAGAUAUUCUACUCGCUGGAGACUUCCGGGAUAUAUCUGCUUUGUACGUCUCUCCACAGGGACAGCCUGAGUCGUCCUCUGGGUAAGACCCUCGCUAAUGAGACAUCCAGCGGGCUUUGGCUACAACGUCGGUCUCAACGCCCAAACCGCUCUGGCUGUACCAGAUGACCAAGUUGCCAGCCUUGCCAUGGGUUCAAAAUUGGCGUAAGUAUCCCAUUGUAAUGGUGACCGCAGCUCAGCUGAGUCUUUCAUAGCUUCAUCAACUGGAUAUGGUACAUCAACUUGCUGUGGUCCCUCAAGGGCGUACUGAUGGUCAUCUAUUUCAAGCUGGGGACGGGCGUACCUAGACAAGAGGUUGGAUCCCGUCUCUGACCAUUUGAAUGACUUCAACUAACACUUCUCAGCUAAUUGUCAAGCUCGUGGCUGGAUUGGUCGUCUGCACGUGGCUUGCUUCGCUCUUGACGCACAUUUGCGGAUGCACGCCUGUAUACAAAGGUUGGCAGAUCAAGCCAUAUCCUGGUGGUGCGUUUUCUCGGAUGUCCCUUUUCUGACUUGUUGCUAAUCAUUCCAUCACAGACCGCUGCACGUUGCGCCAAGCCAAUUACAUCGUCAUUGGUGUUCUGAACUGUGAGGACAUGGCUUUCCUGACACAACGACAGCGUGGAGCAAGGUCACUGACACGAGUCGUUGUAGGCGUAUCCGACAUGGCGAUCAUCCUCGUGCCGAUGCCGCUGCUCUUCAAGGUCAAAGUACCUCCCCGGCACAAGCUCGUCCUCAUUGCACUCUUCUCGCUCGGUCUCUUCGUUGUUGUUGCGACUAUCCUCCGCUCGUACUAUUCGCUCAGGUCUCUCGACAGUCUGACAAUCGCACUGGGCUGGGCGAGCCGGGAGACCAUGGCUGCAACAAUCGUUGCCUGUGCACCUGGAAUCAAGCCACUUUUCUCUGGCCGCCGAUGGUACAAUUCGGCUUCCGACCACUCGGGCAACAAGCUCUCGUACGAGCCGAAGAGCAUGUCGAGAAAAGCGUCCGCCCGUCGAGCAGAUAUUUCCGUCACACAGUCCGUAGAUGUGACGAGCACGAAGAACCCUAUGGCGUUUGAUUUCGAACUGAACAACUGGGUACGCCCCCACGGCAGCUCCGGCGAAAGCGACGAAAGGAGAAUCAUGUGCGAAGAGCGCGCCGAGAGCCACAAGGCGGACGAUGUCAGAAGCGCGACCUUCACUACGGAGCAGGUAGUGAAGACCAAAGACCAGGUCUGA